GAACUUUGAAUAAUCUGGAAAAAUAACCUUUCACAAAUAUUAAAUAAUAAUCUAUAGCUUUAGUAAAACUUCUUUAUGUGGGAUAUAUUAUAAUAAAUAAAGUAUAAAAUGCACACAGCGAGUGCGAUAGUGAGGAACACAGUCCUUUUUAACCCGGCCUUAAGAAAAUCAAUUCAAAUAUCUCGUAAUGUUACAAGAAUUGCAUCACAUUUGCACCGCAGGCCGGUAGAAAAUGCAUUAAUUAACAGUAUUAAGCCCUAUGGAACUAGAAAUGCUCGAAUUUGCAGUCAAAACAAUGAUUUUCUACUUAUGAAUUCAGUUUGUAGCCGAAGACAGUAUUCAACUGGCAAUAAAAAUGAUCCAGAAGAGGAAGAACCGAUUGUUGAUGUCAAGGAAGAGACUCCUUUGUUUUCCAGCCAGUUGCCAGCUACGGUAGCAGUGCCAGAAGUGUGGCCACAGGUUCCAGUUAUAGCUAUAAAUAGAAAUCCGGUCUUCCCUAGAUUUAUAAAACUUAUAGAAAUCUCGAACCCCGCUCUAAUAGAUUUAAUAAGAAGAAAAGUUAAAUUAAACCAACCCUACAUAGGUAUAUUCUUACGUAAAAAAGAAGACGAGAAAUCUGAUGUUGUUUCGAAUUUAGACGACCUACAUCAAGUUGGUGUGUUCGCACAAAUCCAUGAAAUGCAAGACAUGGACUAUAAGCUACGUCUUGUUGUAAUGGCGCAUCGACGGAUAAAGAUCACGGGGCAGUUUGUCGAGGAUGAAGUUGAAACAGGACCGGCUGAAAUGAAGCUUAAGUUUCCGGUAUUUAACGUGGAAUUUAACGUUACCCGCGAAGAAUCAGAUGCAGAGAGACGUAGGCGGAAGCAUCGCAACACCAGACGACAACGCAACGACUCCGACUCGGAGGGGGAGAAGGAGACGAAGAAGACUCAAACCGAUCAAGUCAUGAUGGUGAAAGUCGAGAAUUUAAUGCACGAAAAGUUCCAACAGAACGAGGAAGUGAAAGCGCUGUCGCAGGAAGUUAUCAAGACCAUCCGGGACAUCAUAAACAUGAAUCCUCUAUAUCGGGAGUCGCUGCACCACAUGCUGGCGCAGGGGCAGCGCGUGGUGGACAACCCGGUGUACCUCGGCGACCUGGGCGCCGCGCUCACGGGCGCCGAGCCGCACGAGCUGCAGGCCGUGCUCGAGGAGAUGGACAUACCAAAACGUCUGAUGAUGUCACUGUCGCUGCUGAAGAAAGAAUAUGAAUUGUCGAAAUUGCAACAGAAGAUAGGCAAGGAAGUUGAAGAGAAGGUGAAACAGCAACACCGCAAAUACAUACUCCAUGAACAGCUGAAGGUUAUAAAAAAGGAGCUUGGCUUAGAAAAAGAUGAUAAAGACGCUAUAGGUGAUAAGUUUCGAGAGCGUCUCGCAGAUAAAAAAGUCCCGCAAGCUGUACAGACAGUCAUAGACGAGGAACUAAACAAACUCAACUUCCUGGAGAGCCACAGCUCGGAGUUCAAUGUAACACGUUGCUACCUCGAUUGGCUAACUUCCUUACCCUGGGGGUUAACUUCCGAGGAGAACCUCAAACUUGAAGAGGCUCAAGUUAUCCUGGAUGAAGACCAUUAUGGUAUGGAGGACAUCAAGAAGAGGAUAUUGGAGUUCAUUGCCGUGUCACAACUUAAGGGGAGCACCCAGGGGAAGAUUCUAUGCUUCCAUGGACCACCUGGUGUUGGAAAAACUAGUAUAGCUCGUUCCAUUGCAAGAGCCCUCAACAGACAGUACUUCAGAUUCUCAGUUGGGGGAAUGACAGACGUUGCCGAGAUAAAAGGACACAGACGGACGUACGUGGGAGCCAUGCCGGGGAAACUUGUGCAGUGUCUGAAGAAGACUGGCACGGAGAACCCUCUAGUGCUUAUCGAUGAAGUGGACAAAAUUGGCAAAGGUGUGCACGGCGAUCCAUCGUCAGCUCUACUGGAACUCUUGGACCCGGAACAGAACGCUAAUUUCCUAGAUCAUUACCUGGACGUAGCCGUGGACUUGUCUCGCGUUCUGUUCAUAUGCACAGCCAACGUGGUGGACCUCAUCCCGGAGCCGCUGCGCGACAGGAUGGAGCUCAUUGACAUGUCCGGUUACGUGGCGGAAGAAAAGCUGGCGAUCGCGCAGCAGUACCUGGUGCCGACGGCGCGCAAGAACUGCGGCCUGUCGGACGAGCAGCUGCACCUCAGCGCGGAGGCGCUGCACGCGCUCAUCAAGUCCUACUGUCGGGAGAGCGGCGUCAGAAAUCUACAGAAGCACAUCGAAAAGAUCGCUCGUAAAGUUGCGUAUAAGAUAGUGAAGCAGGAAUCCGACAAGAUGGUGGUGACUGACAGCAAUUUAUCAGAGCUGGUCGGGAAGCCGACCUUCAAACACGACCGCAUGUAUGACCAGACACCACUAGGCGUGGUGAUGGGACUCGCCUGGACGGCUAUGGGUGGCAGCACGUUGUACAUAGAGACGGCGAUCCGCAACCCGAUGAAGGAGGACAAGCCGACCCCCGGCUCCCUGGAGUUGACGGGUCACCUGGGGGACGUCAUGAAGGAGUCCGCCCGGAUAGCGCUCACAGUCGCCAGGAACUACCUCGCCGAAUACUAUCCUGAUAACAACUUCCUGAAUACCAGCCACCUGCACCUGCACGUGCCGGAGGGCGCCACGCCCAAGGACGGCCCGUCGGCCGGCGUGACGGUGGCGAGCGCGCUGCUGUCGCUGGCGCUGCGGCGCGCCGUGCGCGCGCGCGUGGCCAUGACGGGCGAGCUGUCGCUCACGGGCCGCGUGCUGCCCGUCGGCGGCAUCAAGGAGAAGAUCAUCGCGGCCAAACGAGUCGGAGUCACCUGCGUCAUACUGCCCGAGGAGAAUCGUCGAGAUUUCGACGACCUGCCGUCCUUCAUCAAAGAGAACAUUGACAUUAAUUUCGUCAGCGACUACGAAGAAGUGUUCAAGAUCGCCUUCGAAGAUCAAAAGCGAAGAAUUGGUGAAUUGCAGUAAACAAAUUUGAUCAAGACAGAAGCCAAUCUCAUGGACAGUAUACCCGCAAUAAGAACACUCGUUUUGUUUAACAAAUUUUAUUUU